AUGCUCGCACCGGCAGUUCUCUACUAUGCUUCUGAGCUACUCCAUGAUGUCUUCGUAGAGAUGAACCUCGGCGUCAUCUUCUUUCUUCUCUGCCUAGGCGCAGCGGGAUGGUUUCUCUUUCCGUCCAAGGAGGAGAGUCUGGAGAGAGAGCAUGCCGAGCUGCAGCGUUUUGGACAUGUGGUUCCCACGACUCCAGCUGAUUCCUUUUUCUUACGCGUCUCCGCCAUGGUGUUCCCACAAGGUGUUUCCGUAUGGAGUAAAAUUUAG